GGCCUCCUCCGCGGAGCAAGAUGGCGGCGGCCGGGACGGCCCCGGAGGUGACGGGGCGCUAGGCCGUCCCCCGCGGCCUCCCCCGAGGGCCGGGCGGGUCCCCAGGAAGCGAGCUCGAGCCCAGUCCAAGGAAGGCGUGAUGGCUGUUCCUGCCGUGGCCGUGGGGCCGCCCCAGUGAUGCCUCUGCCCUGAGAGGCGGUGUCGGCUUCUCGCAGCCCUGACCGGACCCCCGGAGCCCGCGGCGGAAGCGCCCCGGCCGAGGCCCGAGGCCGGUCUCGCAAGUGCCUCCGCCCCGACCGGCGCGACCCCGAGCGCUCCAUGCCUGCGGGCGGAGGGAGGCGGCGCCUCCCCCAGGGCUGCCGCCUGUGCUGGCUGCUCUGCGCUUUCACCCUGAAGCUCUGCCAGGCCGAGGCCCCCGCGCCCGCGGAGCAGCUGUCAGUGGGCGCCUCGAACCUGCCGUGCUGGCUGGCGGAGGACUUCGCGGUGGCCGAAGAGUGCGCGCCCUGCUCGCGCUUCCAGGCCAAAACCACCCCUGAGUGUGGUUCCACAGGGUAUGUGGAGAAAAUCACAUGCAGCUCAUCUAAGAGGAAUGAAUUCAAAAGCUGCCGCUCAGCUCUGAUGGAACAACAUUUAUUCUGGAAAUUUGAAGGGGCCAUCGUGGGUGUGGCCUUGGUCUUUGCUUGCCUUGUCAUCAUUCGUCAGCGACAGCUGGACAGAAAAGCUCUGGAAAAGGUCCGGAAGCAAAUCGAGUCCAUAUAACUACCUUCCACUUUUUGAUAAGGGCCUUAGGGAUUGUACCUCAGACACAGACAGUAGAAUGAACGGACUUGGGCCCUUAGUUCUUGGGAACUUGUGGGGGCACCUCCUUCUCUGUCUCUUGUCUGGAUCAUUAACGAGCAAAAUACAGAAUAGUUUUCUUCUCUAUUAGAAUUUGGUUUGGGACAGGAAGUCCUGGUGGCAGAAAUGGGAUAGCAGUAGGCCCCAGUGUACCAACUACCGAUCUUCCCCUUCUUCUGGUACUUAUUUAAAAUUUUCAGGACAAAAUUUCAGCAAAAAAGUUUAUUUCUCAGCCAAAAUCUCUGUUUCCCCCCAACCCUUAUCCAAAGAAAAAAUAAAAUUGUAGAUGUAUAACAAAA